AGGCUCUACCCAUUCAUUAUUCAAUAAAGUAAUAGAUCUUUCACAACCCGAUCUAAUUAUAAAGUAACGGUAUUUAAGUAGGAAAGUUAGCUAAGUUAGCUUACCUUUUUAGUCCGUUCUUGCAAGAUUGGGUCCUCAUUUUUUUUUUAGGAUUUUCUCCGCUUAAUGGAUAACCUUUUGCUACCAAAGGAGAAUUGCUUCUCUACUGAAAUUAAGGUAAUUGGAUUUGCACCAAAGGAAACCAUAAACUUUGUACCCAAAAAGGGAAUUUAUAUAGUUUUUGAAAGAAGGAAUGAAGUUCCUUCAUCCAUAUAUAUCCCUUUAUACUGUCGAAUUACUUUUCAUUUUUGGGUAUCAACUUAUAAUAUAAACGAGUCGCACAUACACCCUAGUACAUGUUCCUCGACGCUGAGGACAUCCCCGAAGAGCGGGAGAUUUCGUGAUAUUUCUUAUUGGCUGUCUUUUAUUUCUAAUAAGUUGUUUAAUAGUUGGCAUCUUUAAUCUAUUAUAUUACAUAAUGGGCUGGUUUAGAUUAAUCCGAACCGACUUAUGCUGAAUUCGUUUUAUUUCCAUUGAAGAAAAUAUCUAAUCACCCGGAAGAUUCAAUACACCAGCAGACUUCUUAGUUUUAGUGAAAUCCAUAUUGAAUGAAAAACCUCUAUAGGACUAACCCUGAGCCCCAAGAGAAACCCCCUACAGCAUCAACAAGCCCAUAAGAUUUGGCUUCUGUUGGUGAUAAAAAAACGUCUCUUUCCAUGUCUUGGAUUAUUACCCACUUAGGUUGGCCGGUUCUUUGCGCAUAAACCUCUACGAGGCUUUCGCGCAUUUUCAACAACUCUCCCGCUUCUGAGACCGCUUCAACUGUUUGAUUCUCAAAAAAAGAACUAAAUAGGUUGAUGGAUCAUUACCCUGAUAAUAUAUAAUAUAAAAAAAGAUAAUAUAUUAAUUAAUCUAGAAGAUUAACAUAGAAUAUAAAUAGAAUGUAACAUAUAUAAUAUAAAUAGAAUGUAAAAGGAGUUACUUCACGUCGUAAAAAAAAAUAAACGCAAUAAAAUAGAACAACCGUACAGGCAUCUUUUUUUUUUUGCAUACGGCUAAUAAUAUGGUCCUCCUUCUCUGCUUCUAAAAUAAAUAGUCAAAUAGAACUAUCAUAAUCAUAAUGAGGGAUAAGUUAGUAUAACUAAAUGAUCAAAUUGCCAUCCUUUCUUUUAGACAAGUUUAAAAUAGACAAGUUUAAAAUUAUUAUGAUGGCCCCGUUGCUUUCUCUAGAAAUAUCUAUAAUCUAUAUAUCUAGAUUGUCUUUUCUUUAUUGUCUUUAGCAAUCCCAAAGUUUCUUUUUUGAUCGGAUCAAAUACGGAAAAAUGAAAAAUCGUGUAUGUGUAGACCUGGUAUGAAAAUAAAAAAGGGUUUGUGACGCUGAACUGGCCUCUCCUAAUAUUACCCAAAUAUUAUAGAAUUUAGUAAAGACGUUUUAGUCCAUACUACUCGCUCGAUAUAUAAUCGAAGGUUUGAAAACCAAAUAAAAAAAUUUUAAUACCGAAUUGAAAGUGCCAUGCUAUUUUUACUUAUUAUAAUAUAGAUAUUCUUAUAUCAUAUAACGAAGGCAUAGUUAUCCUCUUUUUUAUUUUUUAUCAAAAAACCUCAUUGGCGCCAAGCGUGAGGGAAUGCUAGACGUUUUGUAAUUGUUCCCCCAACUAACAGAAAAGAUCCCAUAGACGCGGCUAAUCCUAGGCAUAUUGUCUGGGUAUCUGGUCGCACAAAUUGCAUAGUAUCAUAAAUAGCCAAUCCCGAUAUUAUUCCUCCACCAGGAGAGUUUAUAAACAAAAAAAUAUCCUUGGUACUAUCCAGUAUACCAAGAUAUACAAACAGACCUACAAGUUGAUUCGAGAUCUGACUAUCAAUCCCCUGAGCUAAAAAAAGGCAUCGUUCGCGAUAAAGUCGGUUGUUUAGGGGAAUUUCUUUCCCUUAUGAACCGUACAUGUGCCUUUUGACACAUACGGUUCAAAAAACUUACGAAUAAAGAAUCAAUGUAUAGAAGGAAGCCCCUUAAAUUUUUUUUUUAUAACAGGUUCUCUCGAACAUCUAGCGAAAAUUUCGUCUGUAUAAUAAAAAGGGGAAAGGGCAACUCAACCUAUUGAGUCAACUUUUAUUUGAUGUAUUGUUUCAUCGAGUUUCAAUUCAAAUUACGAUGGCAUUUUCUUGUUCCUGCAUGAAUUUAUUUUUUUUUAGGUUUCUGCUCUCCUCCGGGUAAGUAUUCG